CGUCCACGUGUCCGAGCCCCCCGCCGCAAUGCAGAGCGCGGCGGCCAUCGGGCUCGUGCGGCCGUGCGCCGCGCGGCCCAGCCUCAGGAACCCUACCCGCCUCCCGCCCGCCCGCGCCGCCCUCCGCCUCUCCGCCGCCGCCACGGCCCCCCGCGCGGGCCUCGUCGCCGGGCUCGGCCGCAUCGGGCUCGUGCCGGCGUCGCCCGACCACGAGAGGAAGAGCGGCCGCCUCGUCGUGGCCGCCGCGGCCGCGUCAGGGAAGGCGGCGGAGGAGCCCGCCGAGGAAGGCGGGGCGGCGCUCGGCAAGACGCUGCAGCUCGGGGUCUUCUUCGGCCUCUGGUACCUCUUCAACAUCUACUUCAACAUCUACAACAAGCAGGUCCUCAAGGUUUUCCCAUAUCCCAUAAACAUCACAACAGUUCAGUUUGCUGUUGGAACUGUCAUUUCCUUGUUCCUGUGGAUCACUGGUAUCCUUAAAAGACCAAAGAUUUCUGGUGCACAGCUUCUUGCUAUCCUCCCUCUGGCUAUUGUCCAUACGAUGGGCAAUCUUUUCACAAACAUGAGCCUUGGAAAGGUUGCGGUGUCAUUUACACAUACCAUCAAGGCCAUGGAACCUUUCUUCUCUGUUCUCCUUUCAGCAAUGUUCCUUGGCGAGCUGCCCACUCCUUGGGUUAUUUUGUCUCUUCUUCCUAUUGUUGGUGGUGUUGCAUUAGCAUCUAUUUCCGAAGCUUCUUUUAACUGGGCUGGAUUUUUGGCUGCUAUGGCUUCAAAUGUGACCUUCCAGUCAAGGAAUGUCCUCAGCAAGAAGCUUAUGCUGAAGAAAGAGGCAUCUCUGGACAACAUUAAUCUCUUCUCUAUUAUUACCGUCAUGUCAUUCUUCCUCUUGGCCCCAGUUACCUUGCUGACAGAAGGUGUCAAGGUCACUCCUACGUUUCUGCAGUCUGCUGGUCUAAACUUGCAGCAAGUGUACACAAGGUCUUUGAUUGCUGCAUUCUGUUUCCAUGCAUACCAACAGGUGUCAUACAUGAUCCUCGCAAGGGUGUCUCCUGUGACACAUUCCGUCGGCAACUGUGUGAAGCGUGUGGUGGUUAUUGUUACAUCUGUUCUGUUCUUCAAGACCCCUGUGUCUCCAAUCAACUCUAUCGGAACCGCGAUCGCUCUUGCUGGAGUUUUCCUCUACUCACAACUGAAGAGACUUCAGCCCAAGCCCAAGGCUGCUUGAUUGAAUUCUGGUAUUCGUCAAGAUCAGUAGUGAAAGGGAGCAUCGACAAACCGUUGAAAUCAGUGCUCUUAGUUUAGACGGAUAUUUUGGGAAGCCUCGUUGAGUACUAGUACCACCGCACAGGAUCAUUUGUAAUUCAGUUACGAGCAUGUUAACCAGGCAAGUUUUGGAGUCUCUUUCACCGGUUCUGUACGUAGACGGUUUAGUUUUUUUUAAUAAAACCUGCAAUGAAGUUUGAA